CCAGACUUGAUAUUUCUUUACAAAUCGAGUUACCCACAGAUCGAUUGAAAACUACUCGAGAUCCUUGCUUACCAGCCAUUUUUAAUUCAUAGUUAAUUUUGUUUAUUCCUGUCAAAUGGACUAUAUCAAAAACCACUUUAAAGCGGUUCGUUAUGAACGGUCUCCUGCCUUACUCAAAGCCGAAGAGUACUUGUUUCUGGUCCCUCCUAUCAAGUUCAACCGCUACUUUCUUUUCCCCGCUGCUCUUUUGAUUCAGCUUUCCAUUGGCUCUCUGUAUGCUUGGUCUGGCUAUAAUUUGCCCAUGGAAGCUUACAUUUAUGGCUUGAAUGGAGCUAUCGAUCGUAAUAUUGCCUCCAACGUUUUUUACGUCGCUGUUGGUGUUUUUGGCAUCACGGCUGCUCUUCUCGGUCCAUGGCUUGAACGUCGCGGUCCUAUGAUUGGCUGCCUUUUUGGUGCUGUCAUGUUUUACAUUGGCAAUCUGCUUGCUGGUCUGGGUGUUUACACCAAGCACAUUGAGCUGGUUUUUGUCGGAUACGGUAUAAUUGGUGGAAUAGGUCUUGGCAUCGCAUAUAUUGCUCCAGUUUCUCCACUACAGAAAUGGUUUCCUGAAGCUCGUGGUAUUGCUGCUGGUGUUGCCGUCUGCGGUUUUGGUGGUGGUUCCAUCAUUGCACCUUAUGCGCAAAAGUUUUUGAUUGGAGUCAACUAUCAAAAAACCUAUCAAGUUGGCAUUGUUGGUAUCCCCUUGACUUUUGUCCUUCUCGGAUCCAUCUACUUUGUUCUUAUGGUUGUCUCUGCAGUUGUUCUUCGUAUGCCUCCUCCAGGCUACUCUGUCAAGGGCAUCACGAUUGAUACCAUCAAAGGCGCAGAAGAAUUUGAACGCAAACCCAUGGUCAUUCAGAUCAACCCUCAUUCUGAGCUUGCCAACAAGAAUGCUCUUGAGCAAACCACCAUGAUCAACGCCGAUCAGCAGGAUGCUAUUACUGUCGAGAAAACUUCGGGCUCCUUGACCAACAAUAUCUUUUCGCUUUCUCUCUCUGAAUCUCUUGGAUCUUCCGAGUACUGGUUGACUUGGUUCAUGUUUUUGGGUGCCCAAAUUACCGGUCUUCUUGUGAUUUCCAAAAUUCAGUCCAUCUGUCAAAACCAGUUUAAGCGUAGUGCCGAUGUAGCUAUCUUGAUCAACUCCCUUCUUGGUGGUUGCAACUUGCUUGGCCGUCUUCUUCUCCCACUUUUCUCGGAUCUUCUCCCCCACAUCACUGGUGGUGUUGCUGGUCGCAAAAGCAUCUUUUUAGUUUCUCUCAUUGUCCAGGCUGUCUGUCUUGGAUUCCUUCCCACCGUAAUCACUGCUCAUGACUUUAACGGCUUUAUGGUUUGUGCAUUUGUGAUUACCUUUUUUUAUGGCGGCGGUUUUGGAAUUAUUCCUGCCUUCCUUGCUGAUCAGUUUGGCGCAAAGAAUGUUGGUGCUACACAUGGUAUCAUUCUCCUUGCCUGGUCGACUGGAUCUGUUGUCGGUGGUCUUAUCUUUACUGCCGUUCUUAAGCAAGAAACUGCUUUGUUUUUCCCUGAUAUUGUCUCCAUUUAUACACUCAACUUCCGCUGGAUUCUUGGUGUUGUAUUGGUUGGACUGGUUUUGUGCUUCUUUAUCCAUACCAAUCUUAAGGAUCGUCGUCUUCCCAAAGUUGCUGGCGAGUUCACUCGUAUGCGUUUUGUCAAUGGUCGCAUGGUUCGCGUUUACAAAAAUGGUUCCAUCAAGAUGAUUAGCAAGGAGCAGGAGCAGGAAGAAUGGGCUGGCUACCUUCACACUAUUGGACACUAAACCCGCGUAGUUGUAAUAUCAAGUGUGUUGAUUGAACAGAGGAUCGACAAUGUCGUAUUCUCUGUGGCAUCCUGACUUUUAUUCAUUUUAUCUGCACGUUAUCAUUGAUCUGGGUAUAUUGGAUUGAUAUACUUGUCGACUUUAUUUUUCAAAUAAACUCCAGAAUUC